UUCUCCCAACAACUGGUUGACAGUUAUUUUAAUAAUAAAAUAUUAAAUAUCUGAUUUUGUUCUUGUGCUAUGAAUCUGAUACAGAACCACAUGUUUAUCUGCUAAGCUUUCUUGUUAAGUGUAAAACAACUUGGGUGGAGUGUUUGGUCGUGUGGUGGAAACUUUUGGGCGAAGGAAUCAUCACUCAUGGGCAUCAAAGGCAGUGAAGGAAGUCUAAACUCAACUCCUCUGCUGUCUUCGAGCAAAGAUGGAGUUGAUUUCCAUGACGAUGAGAAAAGUGAAGCUUCUGGGAUGACAUUUAUGCUUGUUUUCACCGCCGUUUCUGCUACAAUUGGUUCUUACGUUUUUGGGUAUGCUCUCGGAUAUUCAUCCCCUGCUCAGUAUGGAAUCGUGCACGACCUGCAUCUCUCUGUCGCCGAGUACUCAACUUUUGGUUCAAUAUUGACGAUUGGAGCGAUAGUUGGUGCCACUUUAAGUGGUAGAAUAGCAGAUUAUGUGGGUCGGCGAUUGGCCAUGGGUUUCUCGGAGGUUUUCUGCAUCUUGGGAUCAGUUAUCAUAGCAUUCUCAAAGGUUUCUUGGUGGCUUUAUAUUGGAAGAAUGUUGGUAGGAUGUGGGGUUGGCAUCAUAUCUUAUGUGGUUCCAGUAUACAUAGCAGAAAUAACACCCAAGGAUCUCAGAGGAGCAUUUACCGAAGGUCAUCUGUUAAUGACUUGCUGUGGGUUGUCAUUAACUUAUCUUAUUGGCGCAUUUUUGAAUUGGCGGAUUUUGGCCUUGAUUGGAACUGUUCCUUGUAUUGUGCACCUUCUGACUCUUCCCUUCAUUCCUGAUUCUCCCAGGUGGCUGGCUAAGGUUGGUCGGUUGAAAGAGAGUGAGUCUGCUCUACAGCGCCUAAGAGGAAAGCAUGCUGAUGUUUAUGAGGAGGCCACUGAAAUCAGAGAAUACACAGAAGCCCUUCAGCAACACACAGAAAAAGGCAAUAUUCUCGUCUUAUUUAAGUUGCAGUAUUUAAGGACACUUACUGUAGGUGUAGGCUUGAUGAUGCUGCAGCAGUUUGGAGGGAUUAGUGGCAUUCUUUUCUAUACAAAUUCCAUAUUUAUCUCUGCUGGAUUUUCAGACACUAUUGGAACAAUAGCAGUGGGUGUCUUCAAGGUCUCAUUUUCAUUUUUAGGAGUACUUUUGAUGGAUAGAUGUGGAAGACGACCACUUUUACUGGCUUCUGCUACAGGAGCAUGCAUAGGAAGCUUCCUGACAGCCCUAUCAUUCUUCUUGAAGGAUAUACAGGAAUGGAAGUCGAUAAGUCCCUUUAUAGCGCUUGUUGGUGUACUGGUAUACAUGGGAUUGUUCUCGCUAGGCAUGUCUGGAAUUCCGUCUGUUAUAAUGUCUGAGAUAUUUCCCAUUAAUGUGAAGGGCACUGCUGGAAGCUUAGUAAUCUUGGUUAACUGGACAUGUUCAUUGAUUGUUGCAUAUACUUUUAACUUUCUCAUGAGUUGGAGUUCAUCAGGAACUUUCUUCUUGUUCUCUGGCAUAUGUGCCAGCACUGUUGUUUUCGUAGCAAAACUAGUACCAGAGACCAAGGGGCGUACACUAGAGGAAAUUCAAGCUUCUUUGAAUACCUUCUGAGAGAUGAAUUUGGUAUUCCUCUGCAACAGAAUUUCUGCAAGUUGCACAUUGAUGGGGUUUCGUGUAAAGAAAGUUUAUUCAAAAGUUACAUAAGUUUGAAUCUUGGAGAUAACAAUCUCCAAGUCACGAUCAUUUUUUUGUGAUUGUAUUAUUUAUCCAAUUUAAUCAGUGCAAUGUACGGUAACAUAUCAAAAUUGUCAGUAUUAGCUAAAACAGAGACUCU